UGAAAAUAGUUUAGUCCCAGUAUUGAGACCAACCAUUCUUCCGUGCCUCGCUGUUGUUGUCACUGGGGAGUAGGUGCUUCGGGCCGCCCUUCUCUUCUCACAAAAUGAAGCCCAUUAUGCUCCAGGGGCACGAACGCUCCAUCACACAGAUCAAGUUUAACCGAGAGGGUGACCUGCUAUUCUCCGCCUCCAAGGACCCCAAGCCCAAUGUGUGGUACUCCAUCAACGGCGAGCGACUUGGCUCCUACGAUGGCCACUCAGGAACUGUGUGGUGCAUUGAUGUUAAGUGGGACAGCUCACUCUUCAUCUCAGGAUCAGCUGACCAGACCAUGAGGAUCUGGGAUGUGGAGACAGGCACCAGCAACACCACCCUGGAGAUGAAGACCUCAGUGCGUGGUGUUAGCUUCUCCUACUCCGGCACAAUGAUUGCCUACACCACUGAUAAGAUGAUGGGACACAACUCCGAGCUGAAUAUCAUUGAUGUGCGGGAACCCAACAAUGUCGACUGUGAGUGUGGUGCUUGGAGGUGUUGUGUACACAGGGUCACCCCCACCUACACCAAGGCUUUGUCAGUGCUGUGGGGGCCCCUGGACGAGUAUGUGGUCACUGGGCACGAGGACGGCUCCAUCAUCAAGUGGGACAUGCGCACGGGGAAGGAGAUUCAGGUUGGGCAGGAGCACUCUAAGCAGAUCAAGGACAUGCAGCUGAGUCAUGACGGCAUGAUGCUCAUCACCGCCAGCAAGGACACCACGGCACGACUCUGGGACAUCAGCAACCUGGAGGCAAUGAAGAUGUACAAGACAGACCGGCCCGUCAACUCCGCCGCCAUCUCCCCACUAGUGGACACCUACCCCCAUGUGGUGAUGGGCGGCGGGCAGGAGGCCAUGGAUGUCACCACCACCUCCUCCAGGAUCGGCAAGUUCGACGCACGUUUCUUCCACCUGGUGUUUGAGGAGGAGUUUGCAAGAGUGAAGGGGCAUUUCGGGCCCAUCAACUCCAUCUGCUUCCACCCGAAUGGCCGCGGGUAUGCCAGUGGUGGAGAGGACGGCUAUGUUAGGGUGCAUGUUUUUGAUGAUGCCUAUUACCAGUUUAAAUUUGACUUCUAAUAAAACAGUCAAAUCAUCUAA